UGAUGUUGUCUUGCUCUUGCGUGUCAGACGGGUUUACCACACAGAGAUUCACCAGGCGUUACAAUUUACAUACAAUGUUUAACGUGUUAGUGAGGUUAAGCGCGCGUUAACUUUGUAGACUAUCACUACAAACCGGAAAUAUUUUCUACUUUUUGCGAGAUAGCUUGUGUUUCACCGCUUCGUGCGACAGCUUACGCAAAUAUCAAAACAAUUUAGACAUCGCUGCUGGCCUCCUCCUCGGAACGCAAUUCCGUUAAAUGUGUUUACUUAAUCGUUGUUACUAAUCAAGACAAGAAUUGUGCCGUUUUUCUCGCGUCUGCUGUGGGUACCUGGCCUCUGUCACACAUGCAGCCGCUGGCGAGGAGACUCAACUCUGUGGAUACAUUUAUGGAGCAAGGUUUAUCCACUGACCAGGUUAAAAGCGUCUUCGUUCUCGGACGUGAAUGGACAUUUGACUAUUUUGUUACCUAAACAACGCAAGAGGACGUCUUUUUGUUGUUUUUAAGAACCCCCCCCCCCUCCGCUUUUUCUAACCUCCGCCGGGGAUAGUAAAGAAGACAGGCGACAUGGUGGUCAACACCAUCCACUGGUUUAGGAAGGGACUGCGGCUGCACGACAACCCGUCUCUACGGGACUCUAUCCGGGAUGCGGACACCCUGCGCUGCGUUUACAUCCUGGACCCCUGGUUCGCAGGGUCCUCCAACGUGGGCAUCAACAGAUGGAGGUUUUUGUUGCAAUGCUUAGAGGACUUGGAUGCCAGCCUGCGCAAACUCAACUCCCGCUUGUUUGUCAUCAGAGGCCAGCCUACAGAUGUCUUCCCUCGGAUGUUUAAGGAAUGGCAGAUUAACCAUUUAUCUUAUGAGUAUGACUCUGAGCCGUUUGGCAAGGAACGUGAUGCUGCCAUCCAAAAACUAGCCAGCGAGGCUGGGGUCGAGGUCACAGUGCGGACUGCACACACCCUGUACAAUCUGGACAAGAUCAUAGAACUCAAUGAUGGUCAGUCUCCUCUUACCUACAAGCGCUUCCAGGCCCUCAUUAACCGUAUGGAUGCUGUGGAGCUGCCUGCAGACAUGAUAACUUUGGAUGCAAUUAAAAAUUGUGCCACACCCAUCGGUGAACACCAUGAUGACAAGUUCGGGGUGCCCUCCCUGGAAGAGCUUGGUUUUAAGACAGAGGGCCUAACCACGGCAGUAUGGCCAGGUGGAGAAACAGAAGCCCUCAUCAGGCUAGAGCGGCAUCUGGAGAGAAAGGCAUGGGUGGCAAACUUUGAACGUCCACGUAUGAAUGCCAACUCCCUGCUAUCCAGUCCCACAGGCCUCAGCCCCUACCUGCGCUUUGGAUGUCUCUCCUGUCGGCUCUUCUACUUCAAACUUGAUGAUCUGUACAGGAAGGUCAAGAAGAACAGCACCCCACCUCUUUCCUUGUAUGGCCAGCUGCUGUGGAGGGAGUUCUUCUAUACGACUGCUACCAACAACCCCUGCUUUGACAAGAUGGAGGGAAACCCUGUUUGUGUAGCGAUCCCAUGGGACCGAAACCCACAGGCGUUGGCCAAGUGGGCAGAGGGACGGACAGGCUUUCCCUGGAUAGACGCCAUUAUGACCCAGCUGAGGCAGGAGGGGUGGAUCCAUCAUUUGGCAAGGCACGCUGUGGCCUGCUUCCUCACCAGGGGGGACCUCUGGGUCAGCUGGGAGGAAGGCAUGAAGGUGUUUGAAGAGUUGCUUAUAGAUGCGGACUGGAGUGUCAAUGCUGGCAGCUGGAUGUGGCUUUCUUGCAGUUCAUUUUUCCAGCAGUUUUUCCACUGCUACUGCCCUGUGGGAUUUGGACGACGCACAGACCCCAAUGGGGACUACAUACGGCGUUAUUUGCCCAUAUUGAGAGGGUUUCCAGCCAAAUACAUCUAUGAUCCUUGGAAUGCCCCAGAGGAAGUCCAGAAGGCAGCCAAGUGCAUCAUAGGAGUCCACUACCCCGGGCCCAUGGUGAACCAUGCUGAGGCCAGCCGGAUCAACAUAGAGCGGAUGAAGCAAAUUUACCAGCGGCUUUCCAGCUACAGAGGACUGGGCCUGCUGGCAACAGUACCUGCCAAUCCCAACAACGGUGCAAAUGGCAGUAAUGUCAGAGGAGUCAACACGGGGACCAGUCAAGGUCCUGGAGGGUCCACUGAAGGCAUCUUCAAGUACCCGUUAACAUCUCGAACAGAAAGAGGACACUCCACACAGAAGCGGCGCCGUGAAGAGGUUCCAACCCAAAGCAACUGUAAAUCCUGGAGAGAGAGCAAAUAGUAUGCAAAAGGCAGAAUACAAAGGGUCCCUCUGGCAGUCUGGAUCAAAGGGAUGGCACUGCAGGAUACCUCUCCUGCAGUGCUCUCAGCUGACACACAGUAACUGUAACUUUAACUAACAAUCCAUAACAUUCAUGGUCUCAGGAUCAGAGACAUCACACAUCUCAGGAACAGAGGAAGGAAUUCAGAGGAAAUACUAAUAUCGAAGACAAAGAACCUUUGAACUGCAGGGUAUAAAAGACAAAAACAAUUGAUCUAUGAAAGCUUGACAUCUCAGGGUGUUGUGAGUCAAUUAUUGUCUUCAUCUACAGUAUGUCACUGUAAAACUGUUGAAACCACUAAUCAUAAUCACCCUUUGUUCCCCUCAACACCCACAUGAGUCAGGCCAGGACAUAAUUUGGGUGAAACUGUGUCAUUCGGCCGAUUAUUAAAUCAGCCAAAUGUUUAUCAAGGCAUCAGUUCUCCUAGAUAGUGAGCUGAACAUUUUGCUAAUGUUCGGCUUCGGUAUUUCAAAUGUCAAAAUCUGGUUCCGAUCUGAGUGAUGGGAACUUAAGACACAAUCCGGAGAGACUGACACAAGAUGAUCUGGAUAACAUACAGUUGUAAUUUUUCUCAAAAGCAAUCAUCCAAACAUUUCAUAUACUUAUAUUAAAGUCACACUGUCAGGAAUUGUUUGUUUUUUUCAGAGUUUUAGUACAUAAAAUUCUGAUGUGUAGUUGUAAUGAAUAUUAGAAGCAAGACUAUCAGGUUUGAUAAUAAAGCAGGCCUUACAAAUGCCAUCAUACAUUAACUACAUAUUUAUUGUUUUUAUUUCCAACUUUUGCAUAUUUGGUUCUGUGGUUUCACAACUCCUAUUGUAAAUAAUGUGUUACCAAAACUCAAAAUGUUCUAAGGGCUGUACCACAAAGCGAGAUUAGUGGAUUAGCGAGGUAUUUUGAGUCUAAAGCCAGGGUUUUCCUUGUCACAAAGGUGGCUCUCUUUAAAUCUGGCUAGAUUGCCGGGGUAACUUAUGAUGCAUGACUAACCUGGUCCGGACCAGUUUUUGAUUGGUUCAUGUUGCUCUCACUGAAUGUGUUUGUAAUGUUUUCUGGUCACUUGCCCAUGCUGGUUUUAAAAGAGGCUUCUAUAAAUCAUACAAUAAUAUAUAUAAUAUAUUAUUAUUAACUAUGACAUUAAUUUGCAUAUGAAAUGUGGUACAAUUCCUUCAAACCAUAACUAUACCACUUUUUAUGUUUUUAUGCUUGGUCCUGAUUUGGUGAAGUCCGUUUUACGCUGCUGGUAUAUUGCAGCUAAUAGAACACCAUACAUACACAUUAGAAAGUUGAUUAGUUUAAUUUAUUUCACCUUUUAUUUUUUACAGGCAAAUCAUGAAGAACAGGUUCUUAUUUACAAUGGCGGCCUGGCAAGUGACAAAGCCACUUAGGGGAAAGGAAGUCUAUUGUUUUAUUUAUCACAGAUAAUAUUCAAUCAGUAAGUACAUUUAACUUUGACUAAAAACCAUAGUGAUUUCCAUGUCUCCAUUAUGGGACAGUGUAAGACCUAAAUGCAGUUCUUGAGUAUAAUGUUUAAAUCUGCUGCAUCGAGUUUUAAGUGUCAGAGCUGUAGAAUGAGCAGAAGUCACAUUAGAAAUAAACGGUCAGCAUUAAGAGUGCAUUGAGUGGUAAAAAUAAUUAUAUAUACACUUAUGAAUGUCAUUUUCUUCCAGCAUUCCUCUCCCGCCUGUUCAAUAAACAUAUUCUUUGAAUGUUGUGCUUUUAAGUGAUUUGCAUAAAGAAAACUUGUACUCAUGAUACCUCAUGCAGCUUGUCCAUCUGAUAUAUACUGUACCUAUCCACAUGUAAACUACCUUUUUAUAGUUUUUUUCUCAAAUUGUAUCAAUUUCUACCAAUGUGUUUUCACUGAGACAUUAAAGAGUUUUUUGUUAAGCAGUGUCAAAAAAGCCUAUUGAGUUACUGUGACUGAAGGUUGUUAAACAAUAAAACAUGAGAAAGUCCA